AGACAGAGACUAGAACUAGUUAUGUAAAGAACCCAGUUUAGUUGUUGAUGCGAAGAUACGACAUGAAGAAGAACAGGUCAAAACCCAAAUGGGUUUCUCUGCUGCUCCUCUGCUUCUCUCUAUCUCUGCGGUUCACUACUGUUUCUCCUCAUUCUCUGCCAACGGAUCAGGAUUAUGAGGAAUUUGCAUCCAUAAGGACUUUUAGGGGAGAGGCAUCAGAUAUGCCCGAGGUACAUUGUUCAAGAGAAAGGAGUAAAGCAGCAUGGAAAGUAAUUGAGGAGUAUCUAAUGCCAUAUGUAGAGAAAGAGCGGUAUGAGAUGCCAAGAACAUGUAGGUUGCACCCUGAGAAUGAUCUAUACAGAGAUCAGGAACAACACAAAAUCCGUAUGGAUAUAUAUGAAUGGCAGUGUGGAUACUGUAAGAAAAGAUUUUAUGAGGAGAAGUUUCUUGACAAGCAUUUCGACAACAGGCAUCACAAUUUGCUGAAUGUGAGUCAUAGUAGGUGCUUAGCAGAUGUCUGCGGUGCGUUGCAUUGUGAUGUCGCAAUGGGUGCUGCUCCGCAUAAGACCAAGUGCAAUCCUACUGCUGCUGCACGCAAUAAACAUCUCUGUGAGGGUCUAGCGGAUAGUUGUUUUCCGGUGAAUCAGGGUCCUUCAGCGAACCGUCUACAUGAAUUCUUCUUACGCCAAUUCUGUGAUGCCCUCACGUGCACUGAACGCCAGAAACCAUUCUCUCAAGGACGCAGGAAGAAGCAGAAGAGUAUAUCAUACAUUGUUAUUUCCGUUCUGACGCUGAUGCUGCUGCUUCUUUACUAUACUUAUCUUUACAUCUACAGAAGUGGAAUUAGAAGGGGAACCCAAGAACUGAAACGGGUUUCACUCAUGCAAAGUGGAAGGAAGAAGAAGCCCUCUUAGUUGUAUUCUUCAUCGAAAAGAGUCUGCAGUAAAAGGCCAAUGCCUUGUUGUUCCAUAAAAUUUGUAUUUCACUUUCAAUUCAUUGCAGAUCUAUAGAAAGCACAAAUUUGUUAAUGAGAACGACUGAAAGUUGCUAGCUGAUUAGAGAACCUCUUUGUAAAAUUGGACCAUUCUUUCAUCAUAUGAUAUCAUAUCUCUCGAGUUUUUCGCAAGAA